GGACGGUGGCUUGCGUUGCUGUAUUCCGAGAUUCCGCCAGAGCGAUUCGGCACGUUGAAGCGUUCGGUUGCUCGGCUCGUCGUAAUCGACGUCAGUUUGUCAUAGUGUUGCGCUAGAGGCCACCGAAAAACCAGAUGUUAUCUUAACAAAUCCAUAUCGCACACCGAACUGAACCGGGGGCAAGGGAGCAGGAGCGCAGUGCAUAGCGAAAGCACCGAGCGGCGUGCGGUCAAUUCCGGACCAGACUGGGUUCGAGUCGAAGUCAGUCAGUCGUGUUGCAGCGGUGGUGGACCCGGGAGAGCUGUGCCCAGUGAGCGAGAGUGAGCUCGUUGCAAUCGGUUCGUGUUUAUCUGACGAAGCCCAGCAGCUUCCAUCCGGUUGUGUUCUUGUGUGCGUGUGUGAGGGUUGGAAUGUUUCGGAAGUGCGGGACACGAUUUCUACGAAGUCCCGCGGAUCGAACGACCGGGUUCCGUGCGAGUUGAUUAUAAAUUUAGUCGACGGCCAGGUCUUGCCGGGGCAGGUUGCUCCACUGCUGGUCUUCGUUGGCCGUUCUGAGACUCCUCCUGAAUUGUGGGGUUGUAGUGAGGAACACAUUCUGAGAGUUGGCUGUGUUGUCGGUUGACCGGAAACUGUGUAUCAAAUCUGCUCACACAUUGGGGGUCUGCCCAGGACGACAUCUGCACCGUCGUCGGGCGGCAGCCAAGUGUUGCACACAAUUCGCGGGGUCGCCGCAGUUGGCAAGUGAGUUGACCGAGAAGUAAAAGUUGUUCAACGCUCUGAGGUCGCGAGAACAAAUCGCCGUAAAGCUGGCUGAGCUGGGCUUCGACAUGUGACUGAAAGUGUGUCUCGGUGAAGUGGCAUUCGGCUGUGCGAUAGUGUCAACGAGAGUGAAGCUCGUGCAGGGAAGAACCGUGGAAAAAAAAGUGUCAGAAAAGUGCUGCCUAGGAACAACUGUUUCCAUGCACAAUGAGGACGACGAGGACGAUGAGAAUGACUGCGAAGAGGACGAUAUUAAUCCCAGACAUGAGCGUUUAUCGCUGGGACCGAAAAUUUAUGGCCCAUUGCGAACCACCCUGAGAGCAGUCUGCUCCCUUCAGACGGAUCCAGAGCUGCCCGACCGACCAGCCCCAGUGAAAAAGUGAAGAGUUCGUUCGUACACAUGUGUAAUGGGAGGCACUCAACACAGCGCGCUUCAACAUUUUCGGGGUACAUUUAACAAACCAUUUGCGAUACAUUAUUUAUCAAUGAUCAAAACUAAAAUUAGUCUGGUGAACCAAUCGAUGACCGAUCUGGAUGCGGGGCAGGUCCGGCGAGUUCUACAUGAAGCACUGGACUUAUGGGCCCAGAAUGCGAACCUAACCUUCCGUGAAGUGUACAGCAGUGAAGCGGAUAUCCAAGUCCUGUUUGCUAGGCAAUUUCAUGGAGAUGGAUACAAAUUUGACGGUCCGGGUAAAAUUCUGGCUCAUGCGUUCUAUCCUGGUACUGGCAUUGGAGGUGAUGCCCAUUUCGAUGAGGAGGAAACUUGGCUUCUGAAUGAACCUCUGGGAACAGAAGGUACCCGUUUAUUCGACGUGGCGGUCCAUGAGUUUGGCCACUCUCUAGGACUGGGACACUCAUCAGUCAAGGAAGCCAUCAUGUUCCCGUGGCAUCACAUAUCAUAUCGUGGAAAAGAUAGUAUACCAGAGGACGAUCGUCUCGGUAUCCAAGGCAUCUACGGACCCAAGAAGAAGACCUACGGACGCAACCCUGAACGACAUACUCCAACCACUACGACCACCACUACAACAACAACCCCAACGCCCCCUCGACGACCAACCACUCGGCCACACUACCCUCGAAAAGACCACAACGGCCAUCCAUGGGAAGGUCUCGAUCCCAACUAUCCAAACUACCCUAGAAGAACCACGACAACCACAACUACGACCGAAAUCCCACGACGGCGAGUCUACUUCGCUGACAAGCCUCGAGGCGUCGGAACUACAUACCCAACCCGUCGAACCUACCAGGAGCAACCCUAUCCUCGGGAGCCGGACACGGAGCGCCCCACGCACAUUCCAACCCCGACCAAGGUGCACCACCACCAUCACCAUCAUCAUCACCAUCGGACGCAACAUCCGGCGACGCGACCACCACUGCCACGCAUUCCCAAUACUUGUGACACCAACUACGAUGCCAUCACCAUCAUCCGGAACGAGCUGUUCAUCUUCAAGGAUCGCUACCUGUGGCGACUGUUCGAAGGCGACUCGCAAAAUCGACCACCGGUCGAGAUCGAUCGGAUGUUCUUCGGUCUGCCAAAGAACUUCGAGCGGAUCGAUACCGUGUACGAGAACAAACAUCAGAAGAUUGUGUUCUUUAUAGGUAAACAAUACUAUGUGUUCAACUCGCAGCAUUUGGAGCCCGGAUAUCCGAAGCCUUUGACCCACCUGGGACUACCAGAAAGUAUCGAACGAGUGGAUGCCGCGCUAGUGUGGAGCUACAACAACCGGACGUACUUGUAUAGUGGGCGACUUUACUGGAGAUUCGACGAAGACGCCAACCACGUCGAACUGGACUAUCCCCGGGAUAUGUCCAUGUGGAGCGGUAUCGGCUACAACAUCGAUUCCGCCUUCCAGAACCGCGACGGCAGGACGUACUUCUUCAAGGGCAAAGGCUACUGGCGCUUCAACGAUCUACGGAUGAGUGUUGACCACCGGGACCCGUAUCCGUCGGCCGAACGGUGGAUGAAGUGCCAGCGGUUACCGAUGGUCGACAGCACCACCGAAGAUCAGGAAGAAGUGGUCAUUACGAGCGGUACUGGCAGAAGACGGAGCAUUGCGGAUGGGCUUUUACUGGGUGUAGUGCUGAUAGUUAGUUUAAAAAUUACGUCUGUGAGGGUUUAUUAGAACAUGCCGAUUUUGUCAUCCAAUUUUCUAGUUUAGUAGUCAACACCAAAAUUAAAGUUUUCACCGGGUGGGUUCAGCCUUUUCGUAUUCAAUCACGUCACUGCCAAAAAAAGUAUUGUAUUUUUUUCUUUUUUAAAUUUUUGGUUCAGUUAACUCAUUUGACAUAAAAGCGCUGUGCAAUAUAGCUUAUAGUCUGAUCAAAAUACUUUGAGAACCCUAUGGGGAAAAUUUUGAUUGGGAGGAAUUCCUAUUCUCGUACGAAAUUGUCUUUUAUUCCAAUUAAGCUAGGGAAAUUAUUUACUUAACGAGAAGUUUUUCAAAAAAUCAAAUACCACCACUAUUUUGCUGGGCAGACAACCAUCAUUUAAAUAAACAUAGAUAUUUGAAUCGUUUAAUUAGAAAUUUUGAAAAACUUUACACUAAAGUUUGUAAAAACACAUGACACACUUAGUUAACGUUAGCUUAGAAUCAAGUAGCUUAAAAUUAUCAUGACCAAAUCAAUGUCCGUAUUCGCAUUUGUGAUAAAAGCCACACAGCAGUUGCUUCGACAAGAAGCACAGCCUUAUUAAAAAAAACUUUUUCAACAUUAAGUGCACAUAUAAUUAAGGUAUUGAAGAAAGUGCUAAUUGUAUGUGCGACUACGGAUCAUUUUUGUUUCUGAAUUGAAUGAAAAACAUCACCACCAAUUGGUACUAGCAUGUGGAUGUCCGGAGCGAUGCAGGAGCAGUGAAUUUAGAAAUGUGAACUGGAAGUUGAGUAAAGAAAUAAAAACGCUUCAACAUUAGGGUUAAAUUAGUUUUAUACAUUUAUAAUUGAUUAUCAAUGGACUGGACUGGAUGGAAACUGCAAGUUUACCGGCCCUUGGACACUAACAAGGGGUAUGAUAAAUUGUGUCUCAAACGAAAUGCCAUAGGUUCAGAGGGGGUGUCCAUAAAUUAGGUCACGCUAUUGAGAGGAAUAGAGGGAAGCUUAACCAUAACCAUGAAUCCACACGAAAACACCCGACUUCCCAUACAUAUAGUCUGACAUAUAUGUUAUUGGAGGAAAGAAAUGUUGAACUUUUUGUUGAAGUAAUUUGUGGACGAUCCCUCAGUAGAAUGGUGGGUCAUGUAGCAAUUAUCAGUGUAAUAGGUGAAUGAUAAUAAAGAAAUUAAAAAAUA